AUUCCUCUCUCCCAUGGCGGAAGAAUUUGCUGAAGAAGUCAAUAAUUCUCUACAGCCUCCUCCGUUUGUGGAGGUAAUAUGCAAAAGUUCUGGUAAGAAAACACGGUUUGCCGCCGGCACCAAGGCGGGAUUUGCAGUUUCAUUAAUAAAUAGAAAGUUGGAUAUUGGAAAUCCUCUUGCUUUGCAUAUUGAAGCGGUUAAACAAGGGGAGGAACCCAUUAGUUUUGGCCCUGAUGCAGUUCUUGUGAAUUAUGGCAAUGGCUGGAAGUUGCAGACAGUUACUGAAGUGGAUUUUCCCGGCACAAGAAAAGGGGAAGGUGUUCGGCCAGUUUCAGCACAGAUCCCUUUUGUAAAGAACUUUGAUGGCUCACAUUCUACAAAGGGGACUUCAAAACCAGGAAUCAGUUUUCUCUACAUUGCCAAAAUACUGUUGGCUUUUGUUUUGAUGUUUGUAUUGGCUGGAAUUUUGAUGCUGGGUCUUGAGAAUCUUCCAAGACUAAUUCUGUUUAUAAACUCAUCCAUGUAAUUACCUUAUUUGUCAUCUAUGUGAUUGAUUUCUGGAAA